GCGCUAGCUCCGAUGGCUAUGUUGGGGGAAGGCAAACAAGGUUAGACUCUGCAUAUUUUUUCACACUAAGCCAAAUGCAGCGUAGACAAACUCAAAGAUGGGGCAAAAAGCAAAAAGAAAAAGUAAUGACCAGACUGGGGCUCGAUCCCAGGACCUUAUCGGUGUUAACGAUACGUGAUAACCAACUACACCAUCCGGCCACCUGUUAUGUUUGCUUUUGCCGGCUGUGAGCUAGAUUCCAACGGUAACUCCGAUCGGAGCCCACGGUCUCAUCACCGGCAUCUCCACGCUCCGAUAGUCGAUCCAUCUUUAUCUCAGCUUGACACCACAUGCCUCAUGUCAGGCUUCGCACGGUACCACCAAUUACCAUUGACUACCACGCAGUACAUGUUAUACUUUCAUCAGACAAUCGAUUUGCCACCUACUUGGAACAGCUUGGAAUGUCACCAGUUCAACUGUCACUCCACCCCUUUUCCCCCCACACCGAUCCAAUGCAAUAGUUCGGCAUCCCUACCUGACGGAGCUUCCUCCGUCUUAUGCACGGCAUGCCGUCACUGCCGUGCUACGGCUGACCGGUCACGCUGCCUCGGACGAACCCGGCGCCUCACCUCAGCCAUCUGCAUCCUCACCUCUCCAUCCCGAGCCGAGAAGAAUCUCGCAGCCACUCGGGAUAGUGGAGAUUUCCCAUACGUGUCAAAUCGAACAAUCACCGCAGCAGAGCUUACCCGGCAUACCGACCAGCUUGGUCUGUCUUUCGAAUAACACGCCUUUAGGCUAAACGGUCUUCCGGAUAAAGGGUGAAAUGACACUAUACCAACUGAAAAUGGUUGGGAGGCGCGAGGCAGCCAUCCAGAGUGGUCCAGAUGCAGCAGAGGUCAGCCGGUCUGCCCGGCGCCGUCUGCGAACCUGGCUUUGUCUACUGCUUAUGACUAACUGCUUUGGACUGUGGACCCGGAGAAUGCGUGGUUUACGAGGUUUCACUUGCACCGAGAUUGUUCAUUUC